ACUUUCAUACCCAAGUACUUUCGAUUAAUAUUAACAUUAUCUAUGUUAUCUAUGAUAUUAACACGGUCAAUAUUGAACUGUAUUGGUUUCUAUGGCCAUUUUACAGAAUUGACCAAAAUUUGGGCGAAAGGACAAACACUACGUGUAGAAUAAAGUUGGAGGAAGAACACAAAAAUAUUAUUUUGACAAGGAAGUAUUUCUAGCGUAUUAAUCCUCUUAAUCCAGCAACGAAAUGUCGGAACGGAAAGUGUUAAAUAAAUAUUAUCCGCCGGAUUUUGAUCCUUCGAAAAUCCCGCGUAUGAAAUUGGCUAAAAAUCGGCAAUACACUGUACGUUUAAUGGCGCCAUUCAACAUGAGAUGCAAGACUUGCGGUGAAUACAUUUAUAAAGGGAAAAAGUUCAACGCUCGAAAGGAGGAUGUCGAAAAUGAAACGUAUCUAGGAAUACGUAUUUAUCGUUUCUACAUCAAAUGCACUCGUUGCCUUCAGGAGAUUUCCUUUAAGACAGAUCCGAAGAACACUGAUUACGAAAUCGAGGCAGGUGCAACAAGAAAUUUCAUGGCUUUAAAAUUAGCGGAGGAACAAGCACGCAGGCAAAUUGAGGAAGAGCGUGAAGAGGAAGCGAACAAUCCCAUGAAGUUGCUGGAGAAUCGCACGCAACAGUCACGUAACGAAAUAGAAAUGCUUGAAUCCCUGGAAGAGCUACGCGAUUUAAAUCGUCGCCAACACAACGUGGAUUACGAAUCAAUGUUGCAACAGUAUAAUAACACAGAAUCUGAACAGGAACGACUAAAGCGUGAGGAAAAAGAAGAUGAAGAUUUCGUGAGGUCCAUAAAUUUCAAAACAAAUAAAUCUAGUGGGAAAAUUGUUGCUGAAGAAAUAAUAGAAGAAAUUAAAGACGAGACAUCUUUACCAUCUGAAGCAAAGAAAGUGAAAGUCAGCAUGCCAUUAGCAUCUGCCGUCAGUAUUUCAAAAAAUAAAUCUUGCACAACAAAAACUUCGAACCUCGUAAAAAGGAAAACGCCGCUUGUUAUACCGAAAUCCAAUCCACCAACUGCAGCAGUUUCUUCCGAAGGGGUGAAUGCAAAUUCCAGUAAAUUAGAAAGUGCAAAACAUGCUGAAAAUAAAAAUGGAGGGCUAUCGUUGCUUUCAAAUUAUCUCAGUAGUUCCGAAGAAUCGAACUGAAUAAUAGAAUGCCUUACAAUAAAUAUUAACUUGCAUCUGAGUAAUCAACAUAGCGUCUUAUUGUUGUUGGAACCAUAAAACAGUGGGAACUGAACCUUGCGUCUCGAAGGCUUUGAUGCAAGUACUUGAGAUUUUCUUUAUCGGAUUUAUGCAAAUUUUGAAAAAAACUUUCGCUUUAGCCAUUACUGAAAAAAAUGUAUGUAGAAUCAAAGAAAACAAUGACAUUUUGUAUUGCCACUCAUUGAAUUAAUGUUAAUCUAUGGAAUAUAAAAUUAUUGAUGGGAAAGUACCAUGUAUAUUCUCCGGUACGAUUUUUAAAUACAUACAUAAGAACUACUCAAGUAUAAGUUAUCGAAA